AGCAGCAUGAUUAUUAUAAACGAAGAAAACAAGUUAUUUACACAUAGACACUCAUUUCGUUUCUGGUCAGUGCAGAUACAGUGAUACCUAUCCAGCUCCAUAUGCGUGAUAUUAAAUGCAUUAUGUGAUCCGCGAAGACAAUACCAGAUGCCAUGCUUGAAAAAUUAUACUUGAUAAUCUGUUUAUUACAUGGAAGUGUUUCUCAAGAUGAAAGUAUGAAUGUAAACCACUUAUCAGAGGUAAAAAACUUGACAACUUCGGUGCAAGCGUUAAGGUUAGAAGAGAUGAUCUGUAAUCAGACUGAAAGCUGCCAACAAUCUCUCGAUACAAAUAAUCAGCGAAUAAGAUGCUGCAUGUGUGAUGAACAAUGCUCCAUUUACGACGAUUGCUGCACAGAUGCGAAAUAUAUCGAUAAUAGCCUAAGAGACGAAAAAUUCGCUUGCAUCAGUACACCACUCGAUGGACACAUUUACAUGGUAUACAGAUGUCCUCUACAUUACGAAAAUUCCAAAAUUAUUCACAACUGCGAAACAACAAAUAAGACUGAUUUUAUAAGUGAUAUGUUAUUAAAUACUCCGGUAACCAGCGAGACGAAAAAUAUUACUUUCAAAAAUGUAUUUUGCGCCAUCUGCAACCAAGAAAUACAAUUUGAAUUUUGGAACAUCGCGCUGCAUUAUAAAUUAACCAACAUCCAAAACGUUAGAAUUUUUCCACAAUACUUUACCACUACUGAAUCCGAUUUACAGAUUACUUCUGAUUUAAUACUGUACAAUUUACAGAAUGAAAAAAAUUAUUCUAAAUUAAUGUCGGAUGUUUACGGAUCGAGGUAUGAAUGUGAUUUAAAAAUUGAAAUGCCUUCACAUUUCAGGGAUACGAAAAGAUAUUGUAAUUCUUUUGAAAAUCAAUCAGUUUCAGAACAAGGAAAAAAUCCGAGUUUAAAUUCAAGUCAUCGAGAAUUUGAUGAAAGUAUUUCAAACACGUUCAAAAUUAAUUUAAAUAAUUCCCUUCUACCAAAACUAAAUCACUGCGAAGACAUACCGUUUAAUAGCCACACCUAUGAAAUGCUUUGUUUUCCAAGAUCAAACUCCUUCACAAAAAAGCAACUGGAUAGUGAACAUUGUUUUUUCAACACAUUUGAGGGAAAACCCUGUUUAUUAAAUGUAUGGUUGAAAGAAAAUGAAGACUUUUAUCACCUCGAUAAUGAAACAAUAUUCGUUGAAAAAUAUAACAGCAAAUUUAAUGCAGCAGAAUGGGUACGACAAGUUGAUACAGAAAACGAAGUAUUUCUCUGUGGUACUGAAAUACCUAUUUCCGACGAGAGGAAAUUCCACAGCAAGAUAAAUUACAUUAUAUCCAACAUACUGGUAAAAUUUUCAAUUUUAUUUCUAAUCGUGCAUUUAAUAUGGAGCGCGAGUGAUAAUAAAUUGCAAAGUUUACCAAAUAAAAUAAUGUACUCGUACUCUUCAAUGUUACUAAUAGUUUACGUACUUUGGGAUAUGGAGGAACGAUUGCCAUCUUGUCAAAUUUUAGCCGUACUUUUACAUUACUCGAGCUUAAGUUGUUUCACAUGGUUGUUAAUCGCUUCGUAUGAUUGUUGGCUAGUCAUUUGUCAUUCGUCAGCAAAAUUUCAAACAUUCGCUGGAAAAUCUCGUUUAAAAAGAUAUUUAUUAUAUUGUUUUUGGGGCUGGGUUUCCCCACUAUCCAUUAUAUCGAUAGCGUUGUAUUUUGAAUUUGCUCCCAAUAAUAAAAUACCAUGCUAUUUGAAACCAGGUUAUGGUAGACUGAAACAGUGUUUCGUAGCUCAAGAAACGCCUUUAAAUUAUUUUUAUCAUUAUCCCACAGCUGUGAUAACUUGUUUUAAUAUUUCGUUAUUUUUACAUACCUCGUAUCAUAUUUUUAAGAAUAAAAGAAAAGAUAUCACGUCGACGAUUCAAAACACAAAUUCGUACGUGAUUUUUGUAAGAUUAUCAUUAAAUAUGGGUAUCGUUGCAUUUAUGGUCCUUUUAUGGGCCUUGUACAUAUUGGUAGUGAAAACUGAUUUCAUUUUGUUUCAUACCAUACAGAAAAUAUUCCACGCUGCUCAAGGUAUUUUUAUGUUUUUAUUAUUCAGUUUGGACAAAAAUAUGCUCAAAAAAUUUUUACCGAGCAAGUAAAUUAAAAAUAUUGGGAAACAUUUUGAAAAUCUGGAACGUAUUUUUCCUCGAAUGUAUUAGUCAAGCUAAUCUGCAAAUUAUGAUUGUGUAAUUUAAAAUAAAAGACAUGUAAAUCGAUUAAGCAUUAUACAAUGGCCCAAGUGUUGAAAAAGAUGUUGAAGACAACAAUGAUUAAAUAAUUAUUUCUCAAUGAUA